UGGCCAUUUUGUGUAAUAUUUUUUCUAUUAACUUUUUUUUAAAGUUGAUUUACAUUCAGUUUUAUUCAUAUAUUUGUCGCAGUUGUCUCAGAUUUGCUUAAUUUCUUUGUCCUGACUAAUAUGUACUUAAGAGACUGGCAUAUUUGAAAUUUAAGAUCAGGUUUAUUUUAUUUUCAAUCCCCUUUUCUGCGCCUGGGUUGCCCUUUCAGUGAUUUGUUUUUGUGUGAAUCUCAGGAACAUUACAAAGCGCCGUCCUCUAAAAUCGUGGUUGCAAUCCAUCAAGAUUACCAUGUGGGGGCAGUGUUGUAUAACCGACUCUUCGUAAGUGACAGACUUCGACACAAUGGACGCUAAAGCAGGCGGCUUUUUGAGCUCUCGGGCAGUGAUUUUAUUACCAUAAAGAUAUUUGAAAAUUGAUAUGAAAUGUACGUUUCAGCUGCAUGACAAAAGCAGCUGUGCGGGCCCAGUUUGACUGUUUGAAGAGAAAGAGAAAGCCCAUGUCUGUUCCGCAUCCCUUCGUGUUAUUGUUGGUCCCGUCCCGCCCAUACUCCAGAGCAUCUCCAGGAAAGCAGACAACAGCAAACGGUCAGUGCUCCACUAAAACAUUUCACUUGAUGUAGGCGGCAGUGAAAUGUGUCACACCGGGCAAUCCACAGCCGAUAAGAUGUGGAGCGUUUUAAGAAGCUGCACCUGUUUCUCAUAACGUUAAAUAUUGUGCUCCACUGGCGCAACGGAUGCGCCAAUAUAACCAUACUUGUAGUGAAUAAGAAACCGGCUGUGAUGGACUUCCCAGGUCACUUCCAGCAUAUUUUCAAACAGCUCAACCACCAGCGCCUCCAUGCUCAGCUGUGUGACUGUGUGGUUGCGGUUGGAGGCCAGACCUUUCAGGCUCAUCGCUCCAUCCUGGCAGCCUGCAGCUCCCACUUUAGGGCUCUUCUCAGCUCCAGUGACACCACUGAUAACGGAUCUGGAGCUAAUCGUGCUGGUGGAGAAGGAGGCCCCAGUUUGAUGGAGCUAGAUCCAGAGGUUGUGACUCCAGAAGCUUUCUCCACCUUGCUGGACAUGAUCUACACCUCCACCCUCUCAUUAGGGGCUUCAAAUGUGAUGGAUGUGUUGUUGGCAGCAUCACACCUGCACCUUAACACUGUAGUCAAAGCCUGCAAGCUCCACCUAUCCAGGAAAAACUUUCCUGCCUCAGCACCGAAAGGGUGGAGGUCGGUACAGCAGCAGCGACAAAGUCUGUGUUCCCAGGCAGCAGCUGGUUCACAGCAACAGGUCACAUCAGCCAUGGAGCAGGACCUUGAUAAAGAGGAAGUGGGAGUGGAGGUGAGUCAGUCUGGUGGAGAUGAAGAUAGUGGCAUGAGAAUAGGUGAGCCGAGUGCAUCACCAUUUUUAAGACAAAAGAGGAAGUCACAUGAGGAGAACCACUGUGACAGGAAGAGAAUCAGCAGGUUGCCAGGAGGAAUCUAUAAGGAGUGUUCACCUACUGUGACUAGGAGCACUGAGGAAGCAGGAGAAGAUCUGUCAUCCCCAGACUAUCUAAAAACAAUAAGCAGGCUUUGGGAAAACCAAGGAGAUGAGGAGGAAGUUAAGUACAAAGCCACCAAAGGAGAGUCUGAAGAAAUUCAGCUGCCAACCCAAUCAGACAGCAAGGAAAGAGGAGUAGGUGAAUGGAAGAAGGGUGAAGAGACAGAUGUGGUUAAAGUAAAGGUGGGAGAAGAGGAAGGAGAAGAGCAAAAUUUGGCAGUGAUUGAGGUAAAAAAGGAAAACCUAAGCGCUUACUCCCCUAAUUUAGACACACUGCCUAACAAUUCUCUUCCAUCUCCACUGCAACACUGCACAGACAAUUUGGAUGCACCACUAAAUGAUGAGAAAAUGGCCAGUCAUGAUGCAGUGGGUGACGGAGGUUCAUUACAAUCCCUGCUGUGCACAGAUCUUCACACAGAUACACAGAGAGAAGCUGGAGAUAUUGGUGAGGACACAGUAGAUGGUGAAGGACUGGACAGCCUUUCAGAGCUGGCUUUUUCCUGUUUCCUCAAUCCCAGUAGUGACAGUGUCAUGAGUGCUUUGGACGAAGAAGACAGUCUAGCCAAUCUCACAGCUGCUGCUACUGCUGCAGCAGCCGCUGCUUCUGCCAGUGACGCUCCUACAGCUCCUGAAGUUGCAGAUAUACAGAGUGAAAUGUCAGAGGAAGCAAUCGCCUCUUCUGCCCAGUCAUCUGAUUCGUCAUCUUCUCUUGUGUUUCCUGUAACUUCUAUGCCACUACAGCAGCUUGUGCCAACUCAGAGCUCUGGUUUUAGUGACACCAUCAUCCUCCAGCCCACUCAAAACCCUUUGGCAGGAUUUCUGAGUAGUAUCAGACCAGGCGUCAGCUUGGAAACCUCCCUCGUCCAACCCCCUAAAGCUGGCAAAACCUCUGGGACUACAACCUUUCGUCGCAUCGCCCCCAAAGUACCACCCGGAUCAGAAACCAGCAACGAUACUUCCUCUGGAUCAGCUGGGGACCCUGCAGAUCGGCCAACUCUUACAAGAGCGUCAGAGGACGUGCUGUCCAAGUGCAAGAAAGCAGCUGCUGAGGACCACGUCUUGCUGGUGGAAGGGGAGAAGAAAUAUGCCUGCAAGAUCUGCUGCAAGACCUUUAUGAACUUGACUGACUGUAAGAAGCACAUUCGCGUACACACUGGGGAAAAACCCUAUCCCUGUCCAAAAUGUGGCAAACGCUUCAGCCAGUCCUCCCACCUCUAUAAGCACUCAAAGAACACCUGCAUAAACUGGAAAGAUGCUCAGUGUUUUCCAGACUCACUGCUUUAACAUGGACUAGGAAAAAGACAUUUUGACAUAGAAAACGUACUCUGGAAACUUAUUGUUUUUUUCUGUUCUUAAACAUUUUGUGAUUUAUUGUUUUAAUUCCAUUGAGUUAAAGCAAUAACGUGUAGCCACUCUGAUGUCAAAACACUUAUAUUUUAAACUGUAAUUUGAAUUAUACCAUGAGUUUUGUGUAAAAUUAAUAUGAAAAAUAAGAGAAUAAAUGUUACAUUUGAUAGUC